AUGAAAAUGUUGUUGCUUGGGAAGAAAACUAUCUUCCUACAAAUUCUUUGGAGUUUUUUCUUCAUUGUUGGUAUCAAUUCCCAAAGGCCAAGAGAGUACCAUUUUGUUGUGAGAGAAGCUAAGUACACAAGACUAUGCUGCACCAAAACAUUGUUGACUGUGAAUGGAAGAUUUCCAGGGCCAAUUAUUAAAGCCUACACAGGUGAAACAGUAUAUGUCAAUGUCUAUAACAAGGGGGAAUUCAACAUCACUUUGCACUGGCAUGGAGUGAAGCAGCCAAGAAAUCCAUGGUCAGAUGGCCCUGAAUACAUCACACAAUGCCCUAUCCAACCAGGAAUGAAAUUCAGGCAAAAGGUGAUUUUUUCUUUUGAACAAGGGACAUUAUGGUGGCAUGCACAUAGUGAUUGGGCAAGAGCCACUGUCCAUGGACCUAUCUUUGUGUAUCCAAGAACAUCCUACCCUUUUCCCAAGCCUUAUGCAGAGGUUCCUAUUGUAUUUGGAGAAUGGUGGAAGAGUGAAAUCAAGGAUGUUUAUGAACAAUUUGUUAUAAGUGGAGGAAGCCCUAUUAAUUCUGAUGCUCUCACUAUCAAUGGUCAACCUGGUGACUUUUUUCCUUGCUCAAGAGAAGAAACAUUCAAGUUUAAUGUAGAUUUUGGCAAGACUUAUCUGCUGAGGAUUGUGAAUGCUGCAAUGAAUGUGGUUCUCUUUUUCUCUGUUUACAAACACAGUCUCACUGUUGUUGGUGCUGAUGCCGCCUACACCGAGCCAUUAACAAGAGACUUCAUAUGCAUAGCUCCAGGACAAUCACUUGAUGUUUUGUUGCAUGCAAAUCAAGAACCUGAUCACUACUACAUGGCUGCAAGAGCAUAUUCAAGUUCCUCUAUUCUUCCUUUUGAUAACACCACAACCACAGCUAGAAUCCACUACAAUGGAUAUUACAUUCCAACUUCAUCACCUCCAUUACCUUGUCUUCCUUACUACAAUGACACAAAUGCAGCUUUUGAUUUCUUAGGAAGCCUUAGAGGCAAACCUGAGACAUACCCUCAUAAAGUCCCAACAAUAAUCACAACUCGAAUCAUUAGCACUAUUUCUAUCAACACAUUCCCAUGCCCUGAAGGCCAGACAUUUUCACAAACAUGUGAAGGGCCAAAUGGAACACGUUUAGCAGCUAGCAUGAACAACAUAUCCUUUGAGUUACCAAACAUUUCCAUCUUGGAUGCAUAUUAUUACUACUUAAAUGGUGUCUACAGUAAUAAUUUCCCUAGUUUUCCUCCUUUGGUAUUCAACUUCACUGCAGAGUAUUUGCCAAUGAUACUAGAGAUACCAAAGAGAAGAACCAUGGCUAGAGUUAUAGAGUAUGAUUCAACAGUGGAAAUUGUGUUUCAAGGGACAAACUUGGUUGCUGGGAUAGAUCAUCCUAUGCAUAUACAUGGAACUAGCUUCUACAUUGUUGGACGUGGAUUUGGAAAUUUUGAUGAGUAUGAGGAUCCAAAGACAUACAAUCUAAUUGACCCUCCUCUUAGGAACACAGUUCUUGUGCCUAUAAAUGGUUGGGCUACCAUAAGGUACAGAGCUGGUAACCCAGGAGUGUGGUUUGUGCAUUGCCACUUAGAACGGCACCUGACUUGGGGAAUGGAAACUGUGUUCAUUGUGAAGAAUGGAGAAGGAUGCGAUGAAAGUUUACUUCCUCCACCUCCAGAUCUGCCUCCUUGUUGA